AUGGGAAAUAACUAGUCAUAACAUAAAAAUCAUCCCAAGCCGAAAAGCAAGAAGAAGGAACAAUUUAAGAAAUUAUUUGUAAUAAAGAAGGACAUUAACUUUUCCAAGUUAUCAUAAAAAACUUUAUCGCUGAUUACAUGCUUUUUAAAUGUUUAAGAGUUUAACAAUCUCCUUUAAGUGUCGAAGACCACAUAUUAAAUAUUUAGUUAAACCUCCGGUUGCUUUUAAAUAGAGUGUUAACGACUCUUAAAUGUUAAAUGUGAGUUAAUAUAAUCCAAAAAUUGGAAAUUAAUAUUAUAAAGUGUGAUGAGUAUUCCAAUAAGAACAUUGCCUUAUGGAGAAGCAAUUAAAAGCGUAAGAUAUUAGAUAAAUUAAUUUCCAAUGUUUAUAGAAUAGAAAAUAAAUUACAGUGGAUUUCAGAAAGCCAUUCUAUAUUAUGAAAAUUAACUUAAUGAAUAAAAAUAAAUAAUUAAGACUGCCGAUUACAUUGAAGCACUACACUUCGCAUCUAAUAACACCGAUAUACUAUUAAGAGUAAGGUAGGGCUUUGAAAUCCAUACACAAUUGCCAGAACUAUUAAUGUUAAUAUAUAAUUUGCACGAUUAUGUAAAAAUCUUUUGUCAAUAUUUGGAAAUACGAUUUUCUAAAUGUAACUUAGAAUAAUUUGUUCAGAUUUGGCAGCAUUACUAAGGAUGGAUAAGUUCAGUAGAAAAAUAGACAUUUGAUCUAAUAUUCCUAUUUAAUAGAAUAAUUGACGAGAGCUUGCCUUAAUACAAGUUACCAAAAUAUACAAUUAGGCAUUUCAUGGUAUGUGAAUGGAUGAAGAAAGCUGAUAAAGGAGAACUCAUUGUUAAGUUAAGGGAAGACUUUAGAUUAUAAAUGAUAGAAUCUAGAAAUAAAAACAAUAAAUCUUAGUUAUUGAGAUAAUACAUACAAUAUCUUGUUGAUAUUAGCACUAAUCAAAAUAAUAUUCAAAAGUAUGGCUAUUAUAACUUCUAAUAUUGCUAAGAACUUAACUAAUUAAUUAAUUUAACUAUAGAUUUAACCCCUAAAUUAAAUGUUGAGUACCAAUAGGAUGAGGAAUUAUUAAUUUAUAUAUUUGGAUAGUAUGUAUAUGAUUACUAUGUAUUUGAAUUAUCAUCUGCAUUUAGAGUGGACCAGUUUAAAUGCGAAAUUAAACAAUUUCAUUCAGAAAGUCAAUAGAUGUCAAAGAUUUUAGUUAAAAAUUUUGAUGAUUAAAAUGUUUAGAAUAAUUAAUUUGGUAAUGAAGUUUAGAAUUUCAAAUACCAUUUAUAGUCAUAAUAUAAUGUGUAGUUGAGAAUAAAAUCUAUAUUUAAAUAAGUAACUGUUAUGGAUGAUGAUAUUAACAAUUCGUCUGAGAAUAUUAUAGCAGAAAGCUUAGGAAUGUCAGGAAUUUCAUUAACAUCUACAAACUGCAGCUCUAUCUUUUCGAGCGUAAAAAAUAAUGAUUAAUUAUAUCAUUAUAUCAGGUCCUAUUAAAAAGACUUGUUUAAUAAAAUUUAAAAGUUUUGUUGCAAAUAACAAGAUGUGUAUCAGUAUUCCCUAGAAUAAGAACCGAGUAGUGAAGUUAUAUAUGAUGUUCCUGAAUUGGCUGAGUAUGAUUAUAUUUAGCUAUAAAAUCUGAUGGAUUUAUUUUACAAUAGAAUUCAGAGAUCAAAUGCUGUUUAUUAAUUAGAAAGAAGAUAAACUAUUUUGACAUCUAACUACCAGAGUAAUCAAUAAUAAAUCUAAACUUAAUCACUUAAUCAAGCUGAAUAACUAUUAAAAUGUCUUUUAAAAUGA